AAAUCAACUUCCUCUCCCCAGUCUUCCGGAAGUUGGUUGAGACAGCUGCCUGUAAACACCGACUAUCAUAAGCUUCACUCUGAAAAGAUUAAUUUGUCCGCUCAUUUACUACGAUGGCGCUUGUAUAUGUGCUCUACGCUCUUAUGAUCAUUCAAGGCAUUCUUUUCGCCCUGUAUUUCACGGGAAAAGGAUACGUGAUGUCCAUGAUUUGGGAAAUAGCAUACAUAAUGGUACGAGUUUGGCUCUGUGUGAUCGAGUCAGCGAUGAAAUGGAUUUUACCCUCACAGAGAAAAGACAUUCGCGGAGAGAUUGCUUUGGUGACGGGGGCAGCGAGCGGAAUUGGUAGACUCAUUGCUCUCGGUUUGGCAGCCAAAGGUUGCAAAUUGGUGAUAUGGGAUGUCAAUGGUGAUGGACUCAAAGUCGUUGCUAAGGAAAUAGAAGCAGCUGGUGGUGUGGUGCACUCUUAUGAAUGUAACUUGCGAAAUAGGAAGGAAAUUUCUGAGAUGUCCAAGAAAGUGAAAGAAGAAGUUGGUGAAGUUUCCCUUCUUGUUAAUAACGCUGGUAUCAUAACAGGAAAGAAGGUUAUGGAUUGCAGUGAUGAAGAAAUUUUAGCAACUAUGGAUGUUAACAUCUUAUCACAUUUCUGGACCAUCAAAGAGUUCCUCCCAAGUAUGUGUCAACAUAACCAAGGCCACAUAGUAAGCAUAGCAUCUAUUGCUGGUUAUACUGGUCUUGCUGGUGCUGUUGACUACUGUUCAUCCAAGUUUGCAGCUGUUGGUCUGAUGGAGGCAUUACGUCAAGAAUUGUUAAGUCAGAAAAAGACUGGCAUUCAACUGACAACUGUCUGUCCUUCACUUAUAACCACCGGAAUGUUUGAUGGAGUUAGGUUCAGGUUUCCCAACUUGGUAGGCUUCGGUACCCUUACUCCACAAUAUGCAGCAUCCAAGGUCAUUGAUGCUAUUGAAAAGAACCAAAUUCACCUUACUAUGCCUCGAGGUGCCUAUUUAUCAACAGCCUUACAACAUUCCCUACCAGAGAGAGCUACAGAUCUGCUGUUGAACUUCCUUGGAGCAGAUGUGGCAAUGAACACUUUCACAGGACGGCAAAAGAAGGGUAGUGAAUAGUAAAGUAAGAGCUACCUUUGAGUGAAGUCGAAGAUUACUUUAUUAAGGAUUAAAAAAAAAAUAAAUGAAAUCUUUAAUUUCAGUCUAUUUAAUCAAGAGAAGGAAAUGUUUCACUGACUAUUCAUUUUAUUAUAACUAAUUGUUAAGUUGAAUGUAUGCUCUGUUUAUAUUUACCAUUGUGCAUGCACUCUGUUUAAACUGGAUAAAUAUAUUGCAAUAAUUAUUGCUGCAGCAAUGUUUGUUCCAUAAAACGUUUAAUUCAAGAAGCUCAAUCUAGUUGUUCUGUUUUUCAGUUCAGUUUCAACCAAGCUUAAUUAAACCAGUUAUUGUAAUAUUGCUAACUGGUUAUUUGCCACAAGUACGAAGGCAGUCAAGAAGGGUGAUGUUGCGAGGAGAAAUGAGAUGCUGGUCACUCAUAGGGAUCAAAGAGUAUUAAACAUAUUGGACCGGUUUUAUCCUUUCUCGGUUAAUAUUUUGGCCAUUUGACGAUUAACUCCAUUGAGACCCUCCUAUAGCGAACACUGAGGGUUGUCAGUUUUCAACUCUGCCCUAAUUUCCUCUCUAUAAAAUGUAACCAAGAACUUAACGGGAAAUAAACUGACUCGGUAUGUUCAAGUUUUA